GUUUCUCUUGACACUAUUGAGACAACACCAUUUACGAGACGAUCGAAGACAGGACAUGGUGGAUCGUAUAAUAUACCUCGUGCUAGACUGAUUUGCGCUCGAAAUAAUCUGUUAGAUGGGAGAAUCAGUUCGCCAUUUCAGCGACGGUCAGGAAAAGCGUGGACGAUUCGAACGUUGUCGAAGAAUGUUCAGUCGCGAGCAAACCGCGCUCUAAUCGCGUUCGUGUCACGAAAGCGAGCCACGCGAACGAACAGAGAAACUGGGAGAGUAGUUCUUUUCGUCAGAGUCAACCGGUUGAUGAGACAAGGAAUUAUCGCGAGGCUGAGUUGAACGAUACCUUUGAGAUUGUUCGGAGGAAUUUUUUAAUAAUCAGCGACUUGAUUUUUUGAUAUAAAAGAAUAGUCAAGUCAGAGGGAAAAGAAAGAAGCGACUAAAAUUUCUUUUGAAGUUAUUCGAGGAAACAUUAUAACAAUUGUCCAUGUUAUGAAAAGUAUUUUCUUGUAAGGCAUUUCGCGAAAAGGAUUUUUUUUUUUUUAGAUCAACCAGAUAAGGAAGUGAACGGAUUGUUGUGAUUGUAAGAAGUUUGAUCGGUGGAAUUGAGGUGCGAAUCCAUAGGAUGUUUAUUGCGGUGAAUAAUUUGAUGAUGAGAAAAAUUUAUUUCUGUUGAUGAAGCUUGAAACAAGAAGAAUCUUAAACAGGUUUUCAAGGCAAAAGUGUAACUUUGAAGAAAAUCUUAUUGGUUUUAUGACGGAAAGAAUGACAAAUUUGAAGAGAUGCUCUGUAUCUAUCUGUGGAAAGAAGAGAUGAAUCAUUUUGAGAAAGAAACAAGAACAGUUCGAGGAUGAUCGUGAAUAAUCUAAUUAAAAAUUGUUAAAUUUAAUAUUAAAAUAUUAAGUUUCAUACCAAAAUAUUAAAUUUCAAGUAGGUUUUCAGAAGAAAGAAGACAUAACUAAAUCUGAAGAAGAAACGAACAGUUUAACGAUGAUUGUGUACAGUUUACUUAAAAAUUGAUAAAAAUCCUAUCCGAACAGUGCAAUUUGAAAUAAGUUUUUAAAGGAAGAAAGAAAUGAAAAAUUGUAAAGGUCGAGGCGGACAAUUUAUAAUCAAAUAAUCAUUCUUAAAAUUCAACCUGAACUGUGUUACGAAGAACUAAGUGCACAGAUUAAUAAAGAAACAUAAAUUUGAAGUGUAAAAAUCGAUAAUUGUAUACCAUACGAUUACCACAAAGAGGAAGAAAAACCUAAACGAAGGUUAUACAGCAUUUGACAGAUUAGUGGAGUCGAAAGAGGAAGUAAGAAGAGAAAGAGUUGAUGGAUAGUCUUGGAGGAGGAGAAACAAUUUCCAACGAUCUCACAGAAACGAAGAAAUUGUUUCAAGCACGAGUUUCAAACAAGUUACAACUCGGCACUGUCUUUCAAUGAUCGAGAACCGUUCAUUUACGAGUGAACUUUCCUAAUUCACAAAGAAGAAACGACACAGAAGCGCGACGAACGAGACGAAACGAUUAAUUAAUCAUCUUGUAAGAAGGAACUGUUGAAACUUGAAUGCGAAGUGUCUUACGGUGAUCGACUUUGACGAACGAUCGAAAAUGAUUCGAUUUUAAGGAUGUUUGAGGUUAAUUGAAUUAAGCACAUAGAAGCUAAUUGGAACUAAUUUAUCGUUGAAGACGUCAAUUAAAAGGAAAUUCCAGCGAAAAUAAUCGCCAAUACUUUCAUUGACGAAAUUAUUUUAGUGAGCAUUCGAUUCGAAAUUAAUCGAAGAACGAACAAUAGUGGAGAAAGUAUUAAAUUUAUUGUUCUGUAACAAGAGACAUAAAGAUAAGUUAAAUAACGUAUGAAAUUUAUUUUGAGCACAUUGGAAACGUAAGAAAAGAUUAUCGUGAUCUGCGAGCAUGAACAUGUGCGUGUCCGUCUAGACGAAGCAUCAUGAAAUUUAAAGUAGAACCGUAUCGUUACGAUAAAUCAAAUAAUUUACCGUCACGUAGUACGAGACAAAUUGAUACGAAAAUCGCAUGAGAAACCUAACCCCAACCAUAACAGUUACAAAUUAUCCUCUGUCAUAAAAUUGUAUAGAUACCGAUUAAAAGUAUUUUAAUGUUAAUUUAUCGGCGAAGUAUCGUAACAAUCGUAGAAAAGAAAUCGUAGAAAUGUGACUUUUAUUUUUAUACUUUCUUUAACAUUUCGUAUUUUUCACAAUUUCAAUCAUUUUCCGUAAGAUUUUCGAUCGAACAAAGCGGCAGAAAAAUGAUUUGAAUUGAAAUCGUGCGAUCAAUUGAAAUGAGGUCAGAAAUAAUCGGUUCACAUUGUAAACGAGAUAGCUGGACAAAUUUAACAGAAUGAUCGACUAAUUGGCGUUAGUUACGUUAAUAACAUUGGAUUGAUUAUUCUGACAAACAAAGAAGGAAAAAUAAGAAAAGACCAAAACUGUUCACACGUGUUAACAUUUUCAGGCAUGUUUACAGUUGGUUGGAUAAUCAAACGACGCUCAAGUCAUUUGUACGGCGUCGCGUGUUAAUCGCGUCAUAAAUACUAAUGACAUACAACCAAGAAUCGAAUUACUAUUACACAGAAUAGUAGUCGAAACUAUUCCGAGGUACAUCGAAGGCAACGAUUAGACGAACGAUCCGUGUACAAUUAAAUCUGAUUCGAACUUGAUUACAGUGAUACGAUUUAGAUUUAAUUUGAUCGAUGAAUGACAUAAUCGACAACUAGACGCUUAAACUGGAAUACGUAAUUAAUAAAAUCACCUGCUACUACGAUACGAUCUACUGCAAAAAAGACAGCGGACACCUUAGACCGGAAGUAUCGUGUAAAGACAAUCUCCGAGUGACAACACGUGGAUUGGACGCUUAGCAGACCAAAGCAACCAUAAUAAACUCAUCCUGCUCCGUUGACGAUUUUCUAUUAAUAUCAAGAUUUUCUAUUAAAAUCUCAGCGAAGACCAACGACAUAUUCUAUUUGUCCCUGAAGAUACAGUGGUCAGCCAUGUUUCGAUCGAACGACCGACCUAUUUUUAAAGCUGCAAAUUGAUUCGAACGCUUUCAACCACAGAAAUCGACCAAUAACACUCAACAACUUAUCUUCCAAUAUUCUUCGACUUCAUAAAAAUUUCGAGGCUAACUUAUCGAGUUUAAAUGAAGACCAAGAGAGAAGAAGCGCUCUUCGCAGACCACUUGACGCGUGGAUUGAUAAUAAAGACACCACGACGAGUCUGAUCGAACCAUCUAUUCGCGUCGACCUCGGUAAAUUGAUUGGAAUUGACUUAAUCGUCCUCGAGGGAUACCAAGGGUUCGUCUCUGUCCUUGGAAGCACCCGAAAAUGUCGAAGACGCAAUCGAACCUAUCUCACGUUGUAUCCUUCGUAUCGUCGUCAACAGAUCUUCAAAACAGACCUUUAUGAUACACCGAAGAUUGUGAGACUUCAAUUUACAAAAAGAACACGCGGUGAUUUAUCCUUUCGAUCGACUACCACAUCGAUUACGAUUAAACGAAAGAGACGAAGGCGGCUCGAAUUCGAUCGAAACGAUGGAAUAAAAAAUUCGCAGGAACUUUCUUUGGCAAAAUGUGCACGCAAUGUAAAUGUUAAAACAAUCGAAUAAAACAUUUACAGAUACUUUCGCUGACUAAAAUGUGCACGCAGCGCGAACGUCGUUAAUUAAUGUCGAAGUUAAUUUUGUACUAGUCAAUCGUCUAGAAAGCUAGUCAACGUUAUUCGAUUCCACAGAAUCUCUCAGAAUCACCCGGAAUCUCGUCGAGAAGAAUGAUUUCGUCGAACAAGUCGAUCGGAUCGGAAGGAUCGAUAAUAAUCGGAGAUAGCAUGAGGUUGGCCGGAAGUCACGAAGAUACGCUGGCCUCUGAAGGUAGAUGGGAGAAUUACACGGGACCAAUCGCCGAAUAUUUGCAGCAGGAAAAUUGUUCGACGGUCAGGCGGGAUCCGUUGUAUAUCGUUUUACCGAUCACGGUGAUCUAUGCGGUGAUCUUCCUCACCGGAUUAAUCGGCAACGUGUCCACUUGUGUUGUGAUCGCGCGUAACAAGUCGAUGCACACGGCCACCAACUACUAUCUGUUCAGCUUGGCCGUUUCUGAUUUACUGCUACUGAUAUCCGGCCUGCCUCCAGAGAUGUACUACAUCUGGUCGCAUUUCCCGUACGUGUUUGGCGAGGCGUUCUGCAUUAUUCAAAGCUUCGCCGCGGAGACGUCCGCGAACGCCACCGUCCUGACCAUCACCGCCUUCACCGUCGAAAGGUACGUCGCGAUCUGUCAUCCUUUUAUCUCGCACACGAUGUCGAAGCUGUCGCGGGCGGUGAAGUUCGUCAUAGUAAUUUGGCUGCUGGCGUUAUGCCUGGCCGUGCCACAGGCGGUUCAAUUUGGCAUCGUUUACGACUAUCGCAACGGCUCGGUGGUCCUGGACUCGGCUCAAUGCUCCAUCAAGUGGUAUCUGACGAAACACGCCUUCGAGAUAUCCACCAUGCUGUUCUUCGUCCUGCCAAUGACUAUCAUCACCGUUCUCUAUGUAUUGAUCGCAAUCAAGUUAAGACAAUCCAGACUGUUGUCAGCUACUGCGAAGAGGAACCAUUUGUCAGCUGGGUCCAUUCACGGCGAUAGCGGAAGAGGAAAAAGCGUCGCGCAGAAGAACGUUAUUCGAAUGCUGGUUGCAGUAGUAGUGGCGUUCUUCGUCUGUUGGGCACCGUUCCACGCUCAAAGGCUGUUGGCUGUGCACGCAAAGAAUACGACUGAACCUAAAGACGCGUUAGUAAUAGUCUACACUAUCCUUACGUACAUGUCCGGGGUGUUUUAUUACCUUUCCACGACAGUGAAUCCACUGCUCUACAACAUCAUGUCCAACAAAUUUAGGGAUGCUUUCAAGUCAAUGCUGCCGAAUCACUGCGGGCGGAAGUGGUCCUCCCGCAAGUCAGUACCACGGCAGCCGACGUGCAGUAGCCUCUCGAGGUAUGCGAGGUCCACGUUCAGGCAGACGGAUGAUCGUCAGAAUUCGCCGUCGAUCUCCGUCAGCGACGACAACCAAAAGCUGAGAACGACCAAUACAAUAAACGGUCGAAAGGACAAUAGACGAAACCAGUCCAACUGUGUGGCGAAUAAGAUCAAUCAUCGAGAGUACAGCAGAAGCGUAUCCAGAGGAUCGAACUCCAGUCAGUUUACCCUGAUGUCGUCCGUUAGUAAAAGUUUCAACGAAGGCAACAAUAACGUGACUGCGACUUACGUGAACAUUCAAAGAGCACCGAGAGUUGUCACGCUCGGAAUACUCGCCGGCAGAUUGAGAUUAGGAACCAAAGAGCUAUUUUCGCCUCAACAGAAGACCGUAACUAGUUCAGCGCCAAAGCCGGAAACGAGGACAGUGUUGGCACCGCGAUUCCAAAGUCAUCCGAGUAUAGAGAGUGCAAACACUAUCAGUAACUCUAGUCUAAAGGACUAUGACGAGACAGAGUUUACUGGUAUGGAAUUGGCACGAUACAUGGGUGAAUUGAACUGCGACUUAAUCACUUAACGUUCGUUUAAGGAAAAGCAUCCCUUCGUCGAACGAGCGAAGCAUAAAUGCUUAAUGAACUAGAGAAAAAAGUUGAGAAAUUGAGGCUUUGAAGUAAGAAUACGUGUAUGCAAACUUCUAUAGGCAACAGUCAGGAGAAUCUGAGAAAGAAGAACUUAAGACUUGAAAUUUAACAAAGAUACUGAAUAUGUAUGUCUUUUAAGAGCAAGCAUAUUUGUAAAUCUUACAUUGUAACCGAACAGCAGGGGAUCUACGAACAAGCUGAUGUAAAUCAUAUUAUUAGUCUGAUAUAAAUGCUUCCCCAAUGUAUUGCGAAAACGCCCACAUUGAAAAGAUCCAAGAUCAUCGAAAUUUAAUAUUAGCAAUUAACACUACUGUGUUGUAUACGCCCUUUCCUCGUGUUCAUUGAUCCUUUUCGUGCACGCAAACAUCAUUAUAAAUCACUGAAACGGUGAAAACUGUAAGAAAACGAUUUCAUGGUUCAUUUUUCGUAAACAGCAGCGCUUAAACAAAUUUUCUAAGAAUAGAUACAGGAAGAAAUUGAAUAAUACCGUGAAAACGAUCUCAGACGAUUUCAGAUUUAAUUAAGGGUAAAUGUUAUUAUAGUGAUACUAAACAUAGAGCAAGGUCGUUUGGAAAUUACAGGAAGUCAUAGAGAUCGUGUAAUGUUUUAAGGAAACAUCGUUCAUAAGUAGUACAGUGCGAAUUGAUUAUGUAAUUAAUUAUGAAAUUUGCUGUGUACAUUCUUGUACUUCAUUUCACUGAAAAUACAAGUUCACUGCUUCGCAAUUACAAAAGGAAAACUCUUGAAUAAAUAUAAGCGAUAUUUAUUUUUCUACUCGUAUCAUACAUAACAAUUUGUAAAAAUCAUUCAUCUAUCUCAUCUAUGCUUUUAUAAACGUAACGUGAAAUUUGUAUAAAACAUAAAAUGUAAAAGAAUUUGCAAGUGCACUUGCAAAGAAAUAAACCAAUCAACGAGUCCUGUUGAACUCUAA